AUGCCCUCCUCUCCGCAUCAGUCUCUUCACCAACUGAGUGUAGAGAACUCUUGGUUUGCAACGCGCCCAAUUUUGUGGACAUCCAAACAUCUCGAUCUCCUGGGCGUUCGCUUCCAGCACUUUGAUGGCCCCCUCCAUGCACCACAGCCUCGUGGAGAUGAUGCUGCCGAGCUUGACGUACUCAGAGUUGGUUUCAAUGUCAUGCGCCUUGCCAUGGUUCAGAGUACAGAAGACAAGAUCAAAUCUGCCCUUUAUCUUCUUUGUACUCCAGGAAGCCCUCUUGAACCCAAGCCCGAGCAGUCCAUCGCGUACUUCUUCUACGCAGGACGCCCCGUUCAUGUAGCAUUAUGCCACGUCCUUCAUGUAGCCAAGCCGUCCCUCCAUGCACAGCCCCCAGUCUUGCAGCUUAUGGCUGAGAACUUAAAUCAGCAGACAGAACUUAGUACCUAUUACCGAGAAUUCGAACGAGAGCGAAAGAGACAGUACACUGCUCGAACACGCCCCGGACGCGGAAAAAAUCUCCCCGUCGAGAAGAUCUGCAAGAUCGUCUUACGCAGAGUCACCCCAGAGAACUGGGCGGAGGACCCCUACAUCGUCUGUCUGCUGUUGUCGCUGGCACAAGCGCAAUUGAGCAAACAGAAAGGACCAAUGCCAAAAUCUUUCCCUGUGCGACUCCUCGUGGCUGUUGACGGGGACAGGAUGUUCGCCCAUGUCUUCCAGGCUGAGAUUGAUGCUCGCAUCCUCAAAGCGCUCCACGAGCCGAGAUUCAACCUGGAUGGAGUCACAUGGCCACAGGUUAAACACACGAAAGUAGCCUUCGACCCUUGGCUGACCUUUCCGCAUCGUAUCGCGACGGAGAUGCUCGGGUCUUACAUGGAGCAGAUGUAG